AUGAAAAGCGUUUUCUAUCUUUUUGGUUUUGCUUCCUUGAUUUUUGUCGUGAUUGCACAACCUUCUUGCAAUUUUAAUUUUGACACUAAUUCAAAAUACUUUUGUCCACUUACUGGAGGUAACAUUGACGCUUCAUAUGAUGGUGAAAUAGGAGGUGCACAUUUUGAAAAUAAAGCAGACAACGAUGUGCUUUUUUUGUAUGCAGACGAAGCAGUUAAAGAGUUUAUUCUGAAAAAAAUCUUUGAUAGAUUUAAAAACCUAGAAAUCUUGGAAUUCAGGAAGGGAUCAAUAUCAGCAAUAUCAAAAGAUUUCUUUUACAAUUGUAACCGCCUACAAAAAGUUCUUAUAAAGGAAAGUGUUUUUGUGGAUGUACCUGUUGAUAUUUUUGGAAAUUGUACAGCAAUAACAGAAAUCGAUUUUGGAAACAAUAAUAUCGACAACAUAGAAAGCAGAGCUUUUGCCGGACUUGAAAAUUUGGAAAUUCUUAGAUUGAACGAGAAUGAAUUGAAAGCUAUUCGACCAAAUGUUUUUAGCCCGCUUACAAAAUUACAAACAUUAGAUUUGAGUAAAAACAACCUCAAAAACUUUGAUGCAAAUGUAUUUUUAAGCAACACGGAACUUAGAGUACUAAUUUUGGCAGAAAAUAAACUAGAUAGAUUAGACUCGAAAUAUUUUAAUUCUUUAAAACAAUUAACAUCAAUUGACUUGACGAAAAAUGUUGUAAACUCAACAGAAAAAACUUUGGUCGAUAACCUAGUAGGAAUUAACUCAGUAAAAUUCAAAGAAAAUUCGUGUAUUGAUUUGGAUUUUGAGAAUUUUAAACAAUCAGAUAUUGAUGACUUCAAAACUUGUAUUGAAAAUUUUAAUGGAGCACCUAUAAUGAUUUUAUCAAGUGUUGCACUAGUUCUAUUGGUAAUUUCGAAACUUCUUUAA